UAUAAAAAUAUGUCACUCUUAUAGCAUAGAGAACUAUUUCCAAAUAUAUGUACGUACCUGUAUGUAUAUUCAGUAAGUCAAUUAAAGAGUAUCACGUAUUUAUAUGGUUCAGUGUAUUUUAUUGUAUACAUAUAAAUAAAUUUAUCAAUUAUGGAACCACCCACCGCGCCGGCCCGGGUUGUAAAGGUUUUGGGUCGAGUUGGGGCAAGGGGUCUAUUCACGGAGGUUCGUGUGGAGCUGUUAAAAUUUCCGCGCAUGCAAUUGCUCAAAGCAGUCAAAGGUCCCGUUCGUUUGGGCGAUAUUAUUGAUAUUAAAGACGAGUUACAGGAUGUUUGGCUUCCCAAAUAGUAAUCAAUCAAGUUUAGAGAUUAGUUUAAAAAAUUUAGAAAGUCAAUAAAAUUCAAAAUUUUACAAA